AUGUUGCUCUAUAUCUCGGCAGGGGACUUAGUCGACAGCGCAUUAUUCACGUCUCGGAUUUGGCUGCGAUUUUUGUCAAAUUGGUGGAACGUGCUGUCAGUAGUACCUCUAGUCCUUUCUGGAAUGAAAACGGCCUCCUCUUUACAAAAGAUGGCUUCAACCUUCAAAGACAUCGCUUCGGUGAUUGCCAAGGAAGCCCACAGUCUUGGUUAUAUCGAUUCGCCGAAUGCAGUACGGUCCAUGAACCUUGAUGAGGCCAACAAGGUAAUACCAGGUGGAAAUGCGUUCUUAAGUACUAAUGGGCAAGGACCAGCUUUGUGGGCUAGAAAGCUGCUAGGAUGGCAACCCGAUGGGGCGAUACCUUUUGAAAAAAGAAACCAGUUCGGGAUACAAUCAUUGCUGAAGCGGCACAGCUGUGAAAAUUACCAAAAGAACUUCAUUAUGAGCAAACGCUGA